AUGGCCCAGGAGAGCUCGCAGGCCUCCGUCGCGAGCUCACCGCCGCACCCUCCAUCUUCGGCUUUCUGGUGGCGCGACAUGCAUCCCUAUUCCACUACCCCUGCUUGGCCGCCGCCGCCCGCCACAGCGGCCACGCCGCUCUGGACCCCGCUCGCUCAACACAAGACAUCCUCCUCCGGCGCCGCCGAUGAUCUGUCCGCCUCCAACGCCACCAUGCAGACCUCCUUCACCAAGACCUCUACCAACCACUCCGGCAUCAGCAUGGACGACUCCUCAGCCGCCACUGCGGCCGUGCAGAGCCACCUCUGGAACCAAGUCGCCAUGGGCACCGGCGGCGAGGUCGCGGGGAGCAUGCAGGUGGUGCAUGACGCCCACAACGACGACAGCGAGAACUUCCUUGAGCUGCUAAACUCAAGGACGCUCGCCACGGAGCUCUUUGCCGAGCCGCCGGCUUGCGACUAUCUCAAGAAGAUGGAGUACGGUGGCGGCAGCGCAUGGCCGGACGUCCACCAGUUCAGCGCUGCCAAUAUGGACAAGCACCUCCCUUCCGCCUCCGGCGCUGGCUACUGGUCCAUCGCGCCGCCCAACCCGUGCCACGGAGACAGCGGCCACCACCAACGCCUUGGCGGCUCCGGGCCAUGCGAUAACGCCGCCGCCAUGGGCCACGUUGUCAAGGCCCUCUUCCUGGACGCGGACGGCAACGUCAAGCACGAGAUGGGUGGGGGCGGCCACGGCGCGAUACUGCAGGAAGCGGCCAGCACCAGAUGCACCAGCAGCCAAGACUUCACGAGGCCCAUCGGGCUGGGGUACAGCUCCAUGCAAGGGCUCAUCAGCAACAGAAUGUAUGGAGGCGGCGCCGGCGCUUAUGACGUUGCCAUGGACGUUCGGUGGGGCAGAAAUGAUGGUCGCGACCCUAGGAGCCUGUCGGGCUUGAUAUCGUUCGGCCGGGGCAUGGGAAAGCCUGUGCCUUCCGGCUCCCCGGCGAAGACGUCGUCGGCGGAGUACAAGAAGCAAGGGCGGGAGAUGUCGUCGCCGGAGAAGACAAGCGCCAGCGGCGUCUGUGGCAAGGGGAGUAGUGCGCUAUCCACCAAGGGGAAGAAGAGAGCGGAAGAGGAGAGGGGAUCGGAAGGCAACGUGAAGAAGUCCAAGCACGAGUCCUGCUCGCCCACGUCGUCGUCUCCCAAAGGCCAGAUGCCUAAAGUAAAGUUAGGACACAAGAUAACUGCACUUCAACAGAUGGUUUCACCAUUUGGGAAGACCGAUACCGCAUCAGUUCUAUAUGAGGCGAUAAAUUACAUUAAGUGGUUGCAUGAGCAAGUGCAGCUGCUGAGUGAGCCUUACAUGAAGUCGUGUAGUAGCAAGGAUUACAAGCCAUGGGCACGGUCUGAUGGGAGGGAGAAGGAAGAUGCAGAGACUGACCUAAAGAGUAGGGGGUUGUGCUUGGUUCCACUCUCCCGCACGCCCCAGAUGUACAUGGAUAGCAACGGCCCGGAUUAUUGGACCCCGCCCAACAAGAGUUGUUUAUACCGGUGA